UUGCCUUUAUCAUAAUUAUAAAAAAUAAUAGAGGGUGUUCUGCGACACCCAGUUUGUGGGUCUGUAUAUUCUUUUUUAAUAAAACGUUUAAAAUAAUAAGAGUUUUAAGUGGUAGAUAUCUUGCACAAGCGGUAAAGACAUGCUUCAGUGUUACAACCGUGGUUGCGGACAAAAAUACGACCCUAAUGGUAACACCGACGACUGUUGUAGACACCACCCCGGUGCGCCGUUUUUUCACGACGCUUACAAAGGAUGGUCAUGCUGUAAGCGAAAAUGUACAGACUUUACCGAAUUUCUCAAUAUCAAAGGCUGUACCGUCAGUAAACAUAGCAACGUGAAACCGCCGGAACCGGAAAAACCGAAAGCGGAAGUUAUACCCGAUAAAGAAGUUGUGGAAAUAAAACCUCUGGUGUCUCCGUCGAUAGUUAGACCGCCUCUGGAUUCGCCUAUGAGUAUCAUUAACCCUGAAAUUGCACCCUCAUUAAAGCAACAAAUCAGUCCCAUAGAGUUAAGUUGCAACAAAGAAACAACAAAUGACAAUGACAUCCCGAUCGGCACUCCUUGCUCUCAUGGCGCCUGCCAAGCGUCCUAUCAAGGGCCAGACUCAAACGAAGAGGCAUGUGUGUACCACCCGGGAGUACCUAUAUUUCACGAGGGUUUGAAAUUUUGGUCCUGUUGCCAACGUAAGACAACCGAUUUUAGUGCGUUUUUAAGUCAAGCGGGUUGCGUAACCGAGACUCAUCUUUGGAAAAAAGAAAACGAUGGGCAAGUACAGUGCCGUUGGGAUUACCACCAGACGGGAUCGUUCGUUAUAGUGAGCAUUUACGCCAAGGAGUACAGCCCCUCCAAGAGUGUUAUCAAAUUAAAUCCAAUCAGAUUAAAUGUCAGUCUGGUUUUUCCACGACAAUCAGACUCUGUCUUUAAUUUGGACUUGGAACUAAGAGGGGUUGUGGACGUCGCAUCUAGUCAAGCCACCAUGUACGGUACAAAGGUGGAGAUUAAAUUGAAAAAAGCGGAACCCGGCACCUGGGCAAAGCUAGAAGCGAACAAAACGGUUCCAGCCACACCGAAAACUCAGCCGGUCACUGAUCAGAAGUUAACUCCUACCUUCGAAGCGUUGGAUCUGAGCAGUAUAUAGCUUCUUCUAUUUGGUUUUUUUAAUUUAGUAUAUUUUUUUGCAAUUGUGUUAAUUGAUUAAAAAUAAAGUUUUAAUACGUGUAAUGUUUUAUUUAAAAUCAGGCGUGGGAAUUUGCUUUGUUGGAACCCAUAGAGUUAAUACAUUCCUCGACGGCUGGUAUAUAAGAGUUGUAUAGGUAUUAUGGAUAUAUAGGCGUUGAAUAAGGGCUGAUAAAACAGGAACUUAUCAAGCAACUACAAAAAUAUUUUUUGCGCAUGCGAGAGAUUUAAAAAUCUUGUUCUUAACCUAGUGCCAUUUAACAACCAACAUGGCCGCCGUCAGGUCCUCAAUAAGUUUAGUUUAAUUUCCAGACAAAAAGGAGUUAUGUGUGUGGAUAUAGCUGUUUAGAAAAAUAUGAGGAAAAGAGAACAGUUUUUUUUAUUUACGCUUAAUUGAAGCUCAUCUCAAUUCGGAUAUGCACCCAUUGUCCGGCAUCCGCCGAGAAAAAUUUACCGAUAACACAAUUCUUUUCACGCACACAGCACCCAACGCUUUCGCUGGGAAUCGAACCCACAACCUCCGGCAAGUUCGAGUUGGCAGGUCAACGUCUUACCAACUGAGCCAUCCUCGGUCCCGAGAGAGAACAUCCAUGUGUUAGAAAGAAACGCUGGUGUUUCGGCAUGAUUGCGCAAUGGAUAUGUACAGGAAUCGUAAACCUAAUACGAUUGCUCAAUCUCAUAACACAUACGUUCGCCAAAAUUAUCGAUCGCACGUGGUCGCUUGUAAAGGCGUAUUAUUGGAACAAUUAAAAUAAUUUAGACUAGUGAGUAGUGCGUUUAUGUUUGUGUUAAUUGUAUUUCUGUAAAAAAAAACAUGGACAAAACAACGUUUUUAAGCUUUAAAUACUUUAAAAUUGUAUGUGUGUGAGUGGCGAGAACUGAGAAAAACAGCAUUUUUAACCUUCAACGAAGACUUAAAAUUUUUGUAUUUGUGCUGCUUAUUAGCAGUGUUAUUAGUUAGGAUGUAAGCUCAAAAUAUUACACAUAAUAAUAUAGUUAAAGGUAAGAAAUACAUUUCUUUUACCUUUUUCAGUGGGAUAAAUUACAUAAGAAAAUAGUUAGGUAUGCCUGGAAUGAGAUGUUCUUUAAUAUCUUCAAAAAUAGGGAUUUAUAGUUUAUAAGUAUUUGUUGAUUUUUGUAUAUUUAAAAUGGUAGAAUGCCGUAAAACACAAAGUUUUACAAGUAAAUCGUUUUGUUCGCUAGUUUUAUGUAUUUAUGUGUAACAAUAUUUAAUUAAUAUAUGUAUUUCAAGAUAAUACAUACAAUGCAAUAGUAUUAUUUUUACCCUACUUGAGACCCUACCCUACGCUACUUCUCAAUAAUUAUUAAAUAAGUACUACAACUAUUUAAUGUUGACAUUAAAUGAAAAUAACGAAUCAUUAUCCAAACAAAAUGCUAUAUUAGCUAUUCAAAAUACUCGAAACUGGAGUCAGUUUCACAUUAUUUCUAUGCAUUUACAUAUUAAACGCACCAAUACAGGACUUCACCUACGUCACAGCCAGCGAGAGUUUUCGCAUUGCACUUGCGGACAGAUUUGGCGGAUUAGGUUUACGAUUCUUGGGAUAUGUACUAUCAAAAAACUUACCUGUGCAUCAUAAUGAAGAUUUUCUAGAUCGAAUUUAAAGUUACACAAAAAACAGCGCCUAAUUGAAGGUUAGUCCACAAACAUCACGGAUGUAAAGCUAUAUAAGUCACAACAAAAAUGGCCACGGCACAUAAUAUUAAGGUUACUUUUGGUUAGUUUGGCGCAUAAGUUCCAGCUGACAGCGGUGUUGCCAAUAGCUACGAAAGUAAUAAAUAAUAAAAGUUCUGCGUUGGAACUGAAAAGCAAAAAAUGAUCUAACUGAAAAUCUUCUAGCUUUAUGCAUAGUUACUUAGACAGUUACUUAAAGAAGCCUGUGUAGUGUUAGUAUAUUUUAUGUUAAUGCGUUAAUUCCCUAUAUCUAAUAAUUCAUAAAAAAUAAAGUCUAAGAGUUUUAUUUUAAAUUGGGCGUGAAUUUGUUUGGUUUAGAACCCGUCGGCCAUUUGACGGGUCUCGAAAUCGUCUUGUAUUUUUAAAUUCAUGCGUUGCCAAAAAAAUAUAAAUCCCGGCAAUGCUUUUGAUGACGUAAUAAAAAGGUAAAUAAAUGCUCCACGCCAGCAAAGUUGGAACAAU